CUUUUUUUGUUAUAUACAUAUUUGGUAGUACGAUGUAUGUACGACUGGAAAAUCUCUAAAGGACUACACUAUACAAAUUACCUCCUUUUAAGAAAUAUGAAAUUUUAAACAUAAAGCUAUUAAAGCCGGAAAAUGGAUUAUUUGGCGGAAACAAUAGCACUGGGAAUUGAUUCUAUAAUUUUGGUAGCAUGCAUUAGGCAAUACUACAAAAACAAAAAUUCGAUGAAUAUGAUAAUGUCCGCGCCUUAUUUGACCAUUGACAAAAAACUGGAACAAAUUCUAAAAACACUUCCAGAAGAAAAAUUACCAUAUUGUUCUUUGCGUGCUUCAGUUAAACCUCUGGGAAAUCCAAUAAUUAGUAAUAAUAAUCCCCAUGUCCAUGGAGUAAUUCAGUCAUUAAAAAUCAAGGAACAUGUUGUUCAAAGAAGCAGUGCCGGCUUUUGGGCUGAUUCAGAAAGAACCAUACAACAUGUUCAUAAUGUCAUGCCUUUCGGGUUGGAAAAUAAAGGGGUACUAGUAGAAAUUACCGACCCUUUAGCUGCAGAAUAUUUAGAUAUGGAGGUAAUAUCUGACACAUUCCAUCCAACGGUUCCCACAAUGAUGGAUCAUAUUUGGGGUUUCUUUGCUGGUGUUCGUCAAAGGGGUGUUCAAUCGACAGAAAAAAUGCUCCGACAAGGGACUAUCAUUACUGGUAUUGGAGAAUUAAUAUACUCUAAGGAAGAUGGCACUCUCAAGUUACAGCCUCCAACUACUGGAACAUAUUAUUUAACCACAAUGACUGUUGCAUCUUUGCUCAAGAAAAUAGAGAAAUCAGUAAAAAAUUUCCGGUUAUUAUGUUUGCUAUUUGGAACAGUAGGUAUUUUACUUGCGGGUAUUUUGAUUAGAAGAUUUUUCAAGUAUAAAAAGCAGUUGAAAAAAGAGGAGGAACGAAAAGUAAAACUUGAAGAAACAAGAAAGAAAAGGCGAAGGAUGAUAAGGGAUACUGAAGUUCAAGAGAAUCAAAUCUGUGUUGUUUGCAAAAGUAAUCCAAUUGAGAUGAUAUUAUUACCAUGUGGUCAUGUGUGUCUUUGUGAAGAUUGUGCUGAAGAUAUUACUGAGCACUGCCCAAUUUGUAGGUCAACAAUUGAAACCAGAUCUGUAGCAUAUUUACUGUAGUGAUGUAAAUAAAUC